CAACGCUCGGUGAACCACAUUCUUUUCCGCCACGCAUUCUCGGGUGUUCGUAUCUUGUUUAGUUUCAGCCGCAUUUAAAUCUUUCUCCAUCUUCCAAAAUGAAGAUUUACAAGGAUCUUUUCACCGGAGAUGAAAUGUUUUCCGAUGCUUAUAAAAUCAAAUUAGUAGACAAUGUGCUCUAUGAAGUGUACGGCAAGUUAGUCACUCGUAAAUCAGGAGAUGUUGAUAUAGCUGGCUUUAAUCCCUCCGCCGAGGAAGCCAGUGAAGGUACCGACGAGAUCGUACAGUCUGGUGUUGAUGUUGUCCUGAAUCAUAGACUCCAGGAGACCUUUGCCUUUGGGGAUAAAAAGUCCUAUACAUUGUACCUCAAAGACUAUAUGAAAAAAUUGGUUGCAAAACUUGAAGAGAAGUCGCCCGAUGAAGUAGAAGUAUUUAAAACCAAUAUGAACAAAGUUAUGAAGGAUAUCCUGGGACGUUUCAAGGAAUUGCAAUUCUUCACUGGAAUAUCAUCGGACAUUGAUGGAAUUGUAGGCCUCAUGGAGUACCGUGACAUUGAUGGCGAGUCCGUGCCUGUACUCAUGUUUUUCAAACACGGUCUUGAAGAAGAAAAAUUCUAAGUAAUUUUUAGAUAUCCAAGAAAUUAUCGACAAAUUUUAUAAACUGGAAUCAAGACUGCACACACUGCUGGAAAGCUGUGAAAUUUAGUUAAAAAAAGAAAAAUGUAAAACAAUUCUUCCAACUUCAAUUUACAAACGCUAUUAACUAACGGUACAUUGAAUAAAAUAUUCGUCAGUGACAUAUUUCUCAAUAAGUAACUGUACAUAUUCUAUAACAAGAGGGAAGAUGACAAGGAAUGGAUAAUCCUCAUAAGAAUGUGCAAGCGAUUUGUGUUUGGAAAGCUGUUGCGUUAUUUCCAUUUUUAUAUUCGAUAUAGAAAAUUUUAUUUAUACGAUCGAAGAAAUGGAAGAUGGGGAAAGAAGUCGCAGCGGUGGACUCACAUCAAUCCUGUGAUGUGAUUGUUUAUGAUUAUUGUGUUAAUGUCUGCAAUGCCAUUGAUCAGCAAUUUUUCUGAAACGUAUUCAAUACGAAUGUCCGUCAAAUAAAUUAAAAUUUUCAUAAUUUUUA